AUGAUCGAGGGCCAGCACCCCGUGCUGCAGGCGCUGCUGGGCACGCUCGUGACCUGGGGCUUCACAGCGCUGGGCUCGGCCAUGGUGUUCGUGCUGGACGUGGAGGACAAGCGCCGCAGCCAGCAGCUGCUGGACGGCAUGCUGGGCUUCGCGGGCGGCGUCAUGCUGGCCGCGUCCUACUGGUCGCUGCUGGCGCCGUCCAUCGAGAUCGCUGAGCAGUCGGCGCUCUACGGGCCGGACGGCCGCUGGGCCUUCGUGCCGGCCGCCGUGGGCUUCACGCUGGGCGCGCUCACGCUCUUCGGCACGGAGCGCCUGCUGCCGCUGCUCGAGUCGGUUCUGGGCGUGACGCCGCAGUCGCUGGGCGACCGCCAGAGCGCCAAGAAGAAAAAGGACGACGACUACAAGGGGGAGAACGACGAGGUAGAGGCCUACGACAAGCCCACGGCCGCCAGCACCAGCAGCUUCCGCCGCGUCCUGCUGCUGGUUAUCGCCAUCACGCUGCACAACCUGCCCGAGGGCAUGGCGGUGGGCGUGGGCUUCGGCAGUGUGGGCCACAGCUCCAGCGCCAGCUUCGGCAACGCUGUCAAUCUGGCUAUUGGCAUUGGGCUGCAGAACUUCCCCGAGGGGCUGGCCGUGUCCAUGCCCCUGAGGAGGGAGGGCACGUCGGCGUUCAAGGCCUUCAUGUGGGGGCAGGCCAGUGGACUGGUAGAACCGAUCGGAGGGUUGAUUGGGGCGGGCGCGGUGAUGUACGUGCAGCCAAUCCUUCCGUACGCGCUGUCGUUCGCGGCGGGCGCGAUGAUCUUCGUGGUGGUGGACGACCUCGUGCCGGAGACGACGCAGAGCGGCAACCAGAAGCUCGCGACGUUCGGUACCAUCGUGGGCUUUGUGGUCAUGAUGGUCAUGGACGUCGCGCUUGGGUAA